AUGUCUGAUACACCUACACUUAUAUUUAUUCCUGGCUCCUGGCAUAAACCUAUUUGCUACGACAAGAUCAUCAGAAUUCUUCAAGAAGAGCACAACAUCAAAUGUCUCUCUGUUACCCUGAGAUCCACGACUGGGGACCCCAGCGCAACCUUCAAGGAUGACAUUGACGUUGCUCGCAAGGUGAUAACGUCCGAGCUGACUCAGGGCCGCAAUGCAGUAGUCGUUGCUCACUCCUAUGGUGGCAUGGUUGGUAACAGCGCUGUGAGAGGCUUGACACAGCCAAAGUUUCGGAGCAGCAAUUCGAAAAGCCAGACACGUUCUGAACCUGAAUCGCUGAGCUCGAAACCCGGCUACGUGGUCGCGCUGAUCUUGAUUGCUUCUGGCUUCACGAUAACAGGCCUCGCCUUCAUGGACCCUCUCUUCGGCACGCCACCACCCUCCUGGCGUGUAGACAAAGAGACUGGCUUUGCCGAAAUAGUUGAUGAUCCUCGUGAGCUCUUCUACCACGACGUGCCGGACGAAGAAGCAGAGUACUGGGUCAGCCAAUUAACAACACAGAGCCUCAAAGCUCUCUUCGAAGGUGGCGAGCACGCAUACGCGGGAUGGCAAGACGUGCCAACGUGGUAUGUUGGAACAAUCGAGGAUAAAGGACUGCCAGUGGUAUUGCAGCGGGUGCAGGUAGGGAUGGCGCGAGGACAAGGUGGCCGCGUCUACCAUAGAGAGCUGAGAACUAGUCACUCGCCAUUUCUGAGCAAGCCGAAAGAAGUUGUGGAGAUCGUGCUAGACGCUGUUAAUACGAAGUCAGAGACAAAGGUUCUUCCGGAACAAUAUUCCAACGAUACUGCUGACUCAAUAGCCAACAUUAAAUCACUACUUCAAAUUUCCCUCAUUCCUUACAACUACACUAUCGAAACGAAUGAAACGAUGCCAGCCGACGAGUACUCCUCCACUCCUAGCACAGGCAAACUCAAGCUCAAAGGCAUCUCGGACGGCCGCAUAGACAAGAAGAAAAAGAAGAAAUUAAAACCGAAAGCUGACACAGACACCACAACCAUUACCACCACCAUAGCCGACUCAGCCAAAGCUGCCUAUGAAGAACCCUUCGUUGACCGCUCUAUCGUCCUCAAACAUCUCGCAGACGAAGACACCUCAAUAACCAAAGACUCCCAUCCCGAGACUAGCCUUAACGAUGGCCAGAAACUCGAAACCGGCGCAGGCGAGAAGGACGAAGACGUAAAAAGACAUUUACAAACCGAGGCAGAGCGACGAUUCGAGGAGCAGAGGAGGAAGAGGUUGGAAGAGAGAUUAAAGAGGGAAGGGGUAAAGACGCAUAAGCAGAGGGUGGAGGAGUUGAAUCGGUAUUUGAGUUCGUUGAGUGAGCAUCAUGAUAUGCCGAAAAUUGGGCCUGGAUAA